GAAACGCGAUCGCCGCGCUCCCUGCGCGCCCCGAACGGGGAGGCGCGUUUCCUCUCCUCCGGGUAUUUGCCCAUUUUUCUGCUGGACCGGGUUCGGAUGGCUGGGAAUAAAGGAAGAGGACGGGCUGCCUACACCUUUAAUAUCGAGGCCGUUGGUUUCAGCAGGGGGGAAAAGUUACCUGAUGUGGCAUUGAAGCCACCACCCCACUUUCCUGAUGUAGAUUAUAAACCAGUGCCACUGAAAGCAGGAGAAGGCGAGGAAUACGUGCUGGCUUUGAAGCAGGAGCUGAGGGAGACAGUGAAAAGAAUGCCUUAUUUCAUUGAAACACCCGAAGAAAAGCAAGAUAUUGAAAGGUAUAGCAAAAGAUAUAUGAAGGUGUACAAAGACGAAUGGAUGCCAGAUUGGAGAAUACUUCCAAGAGAGUUGAUGCCAAAGAAAAAAUGCAAAAAAGCAAAUCCAAAAGCCAGUAAGACGAAAGGCAUAGGCAAAGGCAAUUCACUCACUAACACUGCGGAUGUGCUGAAAAAAAUCGAGGAAUUGGAAAAAAGAGGUGAUGGCGACAAAUCCGAUGAAGAAAAUGAAGAGAAAGAAGGAAGCAAAGAGAACAAUAAAGACAGCGGCGAGGACGAGGAUGAGGAUGCUGCGGACCAGGAGGAAUAUGAUGAAGAAGAGCAAGAGGAGGAAAAUGACUACAUCAAUUCGUACUUUGAGGACGGAGACGAUUUUGGCGCCAACAGUGACGACAACAUGGAUGAAGCCACCUACUAGCCUGCGGUUGUUCGGAGGACGCGGAAUCGGCUCCUAGCGCCGGGAGGGAGUGGUUUGAUUCAUGAUGAGGGAUGAGUAGAUCCUUUGUGUUCCUGUGUCUUGUUAAUACUGUUCUUUGGGAGCGGGUUUCACACUAGCCCAGGCUGACCUGGAACUCACUCUGCAGCCCAAGCUGGCCUCACAUUCAUGGCAGUCCUCCUACCUCAGCCUCCCGAGUGCUGGCAUUAAAGGCGUGCAACUCCACACCAGGCUUGUUCUUGCUUUGCUUGACAAAAAUACUUGUCAGAAUAUUCAGAACACUUAAAGUUUACAUCCCUGUGACCUUAUAGUCUCUGACAUUCCUUCUGAACUUAACCUCUGCCAUCUCUCUUCUGUGUGCUAGUGAGGUUGAAAGGCACUCUGCUUUUGUUUUUUUUGUAUUAUUUGAAUUUGAAUGUGCCUAAAGAAUUGUAGCAUCUCCUAACCUACGUAUUCAUACUUGAAAAGAGCUCAUUCUUGUUUAACUGCUGAUCUUUUGUAAAACACCUACUAGUCCCAGUGGAUUUCUAUAGUAUCGCACGUGGAGCACUUUAAAAACAAACUUGAAAAUUGUUUCUAGUAUGUUCUAAACUACUAUUACAUUAGGACCACAUACACCUGCCUACAAGCUCAGCCUUAUGAGACUAUAGCGGUUUGGUGAUGGAAACCGUGCAGAGGGAGAAAUAGUGACCCAGAUUAAAUAAAUGCCAUGCGUCCAUCUCAGCCAGAGCAAAAGCUCUCAGGUGGGGUGAUGAUUGUAAAUCCUUGACUCUGUGGAUAGCUUCGUACACUAUAUGAUUGAAUGAUCCCAUUGCAAUAAGCUUGACAACUUCAAAUACUUGGGCUUCUGAAAAAUUAGAAUGGGACACUCUUUAACUUUGUAACUUACCCUAGUGUGGAAGAAGUUCUGGUUGUAUAAACUUUGUGGCAGAAUGAUGUGUGUGCCAAUGUGGAGAACUGUCAUGACCUCUGGCAUGUUUCAAGAGACUCAUAAGGUGUACUGUCCAUUACAUAAUUAUGCAGAAUGAACUCAGGUCACCUUGAAAUUAAGAUUGAGCUUUCUUAACCUUACAGGCUACCUCUCCUGCCACUGGAUAUCUUGGGGAGAAAAUACUUAGAAAACUCAGGCUUCAAAAACUUUAAAAUGCCAAAGAAUUUCAUAUAAAUUGAUAUGUAUUUCAAAACUGAUGUAUGAAAAUUACCUGCCAAAAGGAUGAAAGUUUACUGUUCGCCUCUAAGGGGAUUUAUCAGCUAUUAUCCUUGAACCUGAGAAUUGAGAGCCCUUUAUAUUAUCAGUAUGGAAGUAACCUUGAAACUGAGCUUAAGAUUCUGUGCCUUAGUUUCUCCCCUUGCAAACAAAUUCCUACAAAAGUGGUUUAAGCACUAACCAUAUAUAUAUAUUUGUGUGUGUGUGUAUAAUCUUACCUUAUGAAAACAAUCACUUGUUGAAUUUGGUUCUUGCCUUCUAAACAAAGUUAUUGAAAACAGCUGUGAGGAACAAAUCCUGUCCUGAUUGGAUUUGCCCAUCUUGUAUCUUUGGGGAAAAGUGGAGAGCAUUGAUGUUGCCUGGUGAGGUUUUGUAACAUGAACAUCAGUCAGAAAAGAGUACUUGGGAUGGCAACACUUGGAGUGGGUGUCAGAGCCCACCGAGGCAGUGAACGCAUGCGGCUGUGCUGAAGAGCUUAUCAAAAACUUGUAAAAGCUGCAACCAUUACAAACCUCACUUGCAGUUUUCAGUAUAGCAGCAAAUCAUGUAGCUGCUUGGGAGUGAUGAAGAGGUGCUUUCUUCUCUCUCCUUUGGUACCAGAGCCGGGUGUUCAGUCCAUAGAUGUUUUCUCAUCCUCAUACUUGCUGUGUGGCUGCUCGGCGGGUGGGCAGCUGCUGCGCUGUGUCUUCACUGCCCAGUCCUGGCGGCCUCUUUCAAGCACGCUUCCUCCCCCACCCACCCGUGUGAAAUAUCAUUUUACAAUUUGAAGUAUACUGUUUUUGAGGACGGGAUUUUGUAAGUUGCUUCCCAUCAGAAAUCUUGUUUUUCUAGAUUAAGGUCUGAGUCUGAAGGUAAGCAUUAUUUUGCAGAUAUUUUUUAAGCUUACUGGUAAAAUGUCUUUAAAAUUAAAAUUACGACAAAUGUAACUGGUUGCUGCGAUGCUUAUUUUUCUGUA